AUGCCCGAAUCUGGAAACAAAAUCUACUUUGAGCCGAACAUUGCUGUGAACAAGCAGAAGCUACAGCGUGUGCAGGACGUGAUGUCGCUCGCCCUAGGUGUGAGCGCGGGCAUUUUGAACUUGGAGUCUGUCUAUGGGUUUUUGUUCUUUUUGGUGGCCUUUUCCCUUUCAAACCUCGCCUUCUACCUUGAGUGUUGCAAGGGCGAGGCCGACAAGUACUUUGAGAGCCCGUCGCGCCAGAUAUUUCUCGACGGCUUGUUUCCGGCGUUGUCGGGCUAUGUGAUGCUGUGGUGUUUGACAUAUGCGCUAGUGAACUAG